CUGAGCAAUAUACCUUACUUUUUUAACAAACUGAGCGGGAUGACAUCUGCCAUCUGCCUUCUGGUCCUCCUGACGAUGACAAUUGCUGAAGUAAGUUCCCGCGAGUGCUACCAGUGCCAGAGCUCCAUUUCGUACGCCGCGUGUGACUUGGGGCGAGUGAAAGUGCGAUGUCUGGACACGAACCAGUGCGUGAAGGGAUCUGUCGUCAGUAGCAACGGUGACAAGGCCUACGUCAAGGCAUGUGCUAAGAGGUGCGACUACAACAACGUGCAGAUGUGUGUUGAUGGGAAGGAUUCGCAGGGAAAUACCGUCAAUUGCACAGCACACUGCUGUACCGGAGACUACUGCAACAGCGCGCCUCAAGCAUGGCUCAGCGGAUUCUUCGUCCUGACAUGCGUCUUGGCAGCUAUGAAUCUUUUCUGAAAUGCUCGCGACGUAGCACUGAUGUAAGAUUGGUAUUCUUUGGCCAGUUAUGUUAGUCAUGGAACUUUAAAUUUAGAUUAGGGAGAAUUCCUUUCAAUUUUGUAAUCUUUAUUGCGAAUGUUAAACCUAUUGUUCUUAAUUGUUUUGACCUAUUAAAAGUUGUUAUUAGAA